CUGUUCGCACCCCCAGCAACAGGUUGCGAUCAGAGGUUGUCAAGCGAGGGGCAGGGGUGAACUCUGCGUCAGCACCCCGUCUCGAGGCUCCGGGUGUCAGCGUCCGGACUCAAGUGCGCGUCACGUGGUGCGGCGAAUCCACUUAGCCCAAUUAGCGAAUAUCCAUCCAGCAGGGGUCGCGGCCAGCGGGGUCACGUGGGCCGGUCACGUGGGGGGCCGAGGGUCAGGAGGUGGCGGCCAGCGCGGCGGUACCGGCGGACGCCCGCCGCGAGCUUCUCUCUUUCUUUGCGACAUGUGCCUCCAGUGGCUGCUGCUGUGUUUGCUGGCCACUGCCGUGUCCGCGCCUUCGCACGCGCCCGCCUCACUCGUUAUACUUUGCAGCAGUGGCUACCGGUGCAGCUUGCAGCCUGUUCUCCUUUCACCCCUGCGAGUCACUCCCCCUGCACCCCCGCGGGUCAACCUCACCAGGCCCGCCUCCGGAAAUGGACUCCCAACCAAGGGCGAAGGCGGAUGGCGCUCAACGGCCUACCGCUACCUCACGCUGCCCGUCGGCGUCGGCAUUUCCCUGCUGGCUGUCUUUCAGUGGCGCAGCUUCAAGCGCAGACUGGAGGAUGAAGUGGUGGAGCACGCCAAGGACUGGCAGAUCACCUGCUACCGGCUGAUUCCGCUGCGGGCCAUAUCGAGGACCGUCGGCUGGUUUAUGGAGAGGGAGUUGCCAGAGUUCAUAAGGCCGUCCCUCUACUCUUUGUACGCGAAAUACUACAAGUGCAACCUGAACGAAGUGCGGGAGCCCGACCUGAAAACCUACACCAGAUUUAGUGAUUUCUUCUGCCGCAGUUUAAAGGACGGCGUCAGACCGAUCCAUCCCUCUGAUCCUUUGGUUUCUCCUGCUGACGGUAAAAUUAUGCAGGCUGGACCUGUCACUUGCUCAAAGGAGGAGUGCAAGGAGAAAAUCAAAGAAGUCAAAGGAGUUGAUUAUUCUCUCGAAUCAUUUAUUGGUGAUCCCAGUUGGAUUAGUGAAAAGCAAUGGGGCCGCAGCACGCUUUCUCGCAGACUUUUGCACCACGAGAGCGGCACUCGACUAUAUAACAGCGUGAUUUAUCUUAAUCCAGGAGACUAUCACCGCUUCCACUCGCCGACAGAUUUCCGCGUCAAUUUCCGCAGACACUUUCAGGGAGAGCUGUUUAGCGUGAAUCCGUUGGUGGCGAGGUGGAUCCCGGAGCUGUUCAGUUUGAAUGAGAGGGCGAUGUAUGUUGGCUCGUGGAAGCAUGGCUUCUUCUCCAUGACGGCGGUAGGCGCGACCAACGUCGGCUCCAUUCGCGUCUUCUGCGACGAUCAACUCCGGACAAACCAGCCACGCUGGCCGCGCCAACAGCAGCGACACAAGGACACAUACCUGGGGCCGACGCAGGAAGGCGUGAAUGUGAAGAAGGGCGAGCUGUUCGGCGAAUUCAGAUUUGGCUCAACGAUUGUGCUGCUAUUUGAGGCGCCGGACGACUUUCACCUGCAACACUCGGUCAGCCAGAACAUCCGGGUGGGACAGCCGAUGAGCGUUUCUGACCCGGACGCGCCCGCCGAGGUCACGCCAGCCCAUAAUCACACUGACUGAGCACAACGCGCACUCGAAUGUUUCGUUCCUGACCCCAGAUUGUGCCGUCUGAUCACACCCCAACGACCUCAACCGAUCGCCGCGAUUGCCACCGCCGGCUGGAGACGCGUGUUGGACAGCCGCCACCACCGUCGCAGUCGCCGCCGCUGGAGAGAGCUCCUAACACAGACGGAGAGCCGCCUUGCUAAGAGUGACCUCUUGCAAAAGGCCUUUUGCAUUUCAGUCAUUUAACAGAAUCAAAACUAUGAUUUGAAUGAUACCCUUCAGCCGCUGAAAUGGAUAGUCAGAAAUUGAACGACCGUAGUAAAUCCUGACCAGAGUGUCUCACGUCCGCACUCGGUCCAUUUUGUUAUAUAUGUAGUUGUUGCUAUAGACCCGAACUAUCAGUGCCGGAGUUUGAUUUUUUUAAUUGACGCAACACUGGGCUGAGUCAAGCAUUACACGAUCCACUCUAGAACACUGCUAGAUAAUCACUGUCAAUGCUACCAAAAUUAUUGAGUAAUGAGGUUCCAAGUAUAGUUACCAAUGUCAAUUAAAUUAGCAGCAUUCGCCGACCGAAGGUAGAUCUUAUAAAUAUGUACAUAAUGUAAGGUUUUCAAAAACGAAAUAAUGAUUAUAGUCUGUCUUACAUAAAAAUUGUUUAUAUUCAAGCAACGCGCUUUUCGUCUCUUUGUUCUGAGCUCUCAUUAACUCCCAAUUUGUUAUAUUUUUGAUAUAAAUACAAAUAUUAAUUGUUUCCUCCAUCAAUUGGCUAUUGCUUCAAUUUCCUUGAGGUCAAAUCGAAUUAAAAAUGGCAGCUCUAAGAAUAUUCGUAAACAGUUAACAUAUCUCACAAAGUUUCGAUGUUGUUCAACUUAGAAAAAUCUUAGCCCGUACCUAACGAAACCCCCUGCCAUUAAUACGCGAAUUCUGGUUAAAAAGCAGAGAAUAGCCAAGGAGGCACUAUGGAGAUAACAAAAACUGAAAAGUGAUCCUACUAAUCGCUCAGCUGAAAUGAGUGAUUGUGAGCAAUAGUCGAGAGUUUAUUUAAAUGAUAAUAUUUAUCAAGACACAUUGUAUAUUUAUUGUUAAAUCAUGUUGUCACUCUCAAUGCAAAAUAUACACUGUACGAUUUUAAUCCAA